UUAGCUAAUUUUAUCUACAACAACUACGUUCAAGCACUCGAAGCUAUUGCUGCUACUUCUACAUUCCUUGCUGAGUCUCCGGUGGGACCUGAUGCACCUUUUGAGGCUGAUUUGGAUGAUGAGAGGAUAUUGUUGGAGAAAAUGAGCAGCAAGAAAGAUGCUGCACCUGUUGAAGUUGACUAUGUGAAGGCGUUGGUUGAAUAUGAGGAUGCGCUGUAG